AGUGUCCGUGCAGCCUUCUGAAGAGCACACCGACACAGAGGAAUUGGAUGAAGAAAAACUUCAGUGUCCUAUCUGUAACUUGAAAUUUGCACCUUAUUUCCUUGAAAUCCAUGCAAGCACAUGCGGAGAAAGAAGCUAUAAUGUAAUAGACGUGGAUGAAAUUGAGGAGAACAUAGUAGAAGAGGACCAUAUGAAAAGUGUCGACGAUGUGUUGGAUGCGAUUUGUCAAAGAGUUGAUGUGGAGAAGCAGUUCAGCAUCCUUAUUUCAAGAACAAACAUUCUGGAGAGAGGCCUUCUGCAGUGGCAACGUCAAAAAAAAAAAUUCACCCACUGCCAUGUUGAAGGUGUCCUUCUUUGGGGAAGCAGGAAUUGACACUGGUGCCCUUCGAAAAGAAUUUCUCACAGAAAUGGUCGCCGGAAUCGAGACUCGUUUCUUUGAAGGACCACCACACCAAAAAAGUCCACGCUAUUCCCUUACUGACUUUGACAGUGGACUCUUCAGGACUGUUGGUGAGAUUCUGGCCGUCAGUUUGGCACAAGGAGGUCCUGCCCCUACAUUUUUCAGCCAGUGGGCUUACAGUUACCUCUGCAAUGGGCAGAUCAACCCAACACAGCUGGAUAAAAAUACAGUGGCAGAUUCACAGUUGCGGUUACUGAUUGACCAGGUGGAAUCUUCAACUGAGCAGUCACUUCGGGGCCUUACUGAUGAGAUUUUAAACUUUGGAUUCACUGGAGCCAUCUCGGUUCAAAACAAGGAACCGAUUGUCCGAGCCAUUACACUCCAUGCUGUGCUUAGAUUGCAGCCAAUGUUGGAACAACUCAAGGAGGGUUUGCAGCUGUAUGGCCUCCACCUGCUGAUUAAGCAAUACCCAGAAAUCUGCCAGCCUCUCUUCGUCCUUGGGGGAGAUGUGAAAGUUAAUGCCGAGUUUGUCAUGGCGUCCAUUCACCCUCAGCUGAGUGAGAAGGGAACCUCCAAGCAUCAGGUUGAGCUGGACCUGGUUAACUUCAUUCAGGACUUGCUUUAUGAGUCAGAAGAAGGUCAAGAACAUGUAGCUGACGAAGAUGGCCCAAGAUCUAUCACACCUGCCAGGUUUCUGCAAUGGAUCACCGGUCAAGGCCAUGUUCCUCUCCUCCCUCAGAAAACAAGGACUUUGCUGUGGUGGUAA